AUGUCGGACUCGGUUGUGAUACCAACAAAGCACAAGGCUCUCAUCUACAAUGACCCUGGACACAUCUCAACCACAGUGGAAUUCGUCGACACGCCAAAACCUGGCGUGGGUGAGGUGCUGGUGAAGCUCACCCAUUCAGGGGUGUGCCACAGUGACCUGUCCGUAAUGACCAACGGGUGGCACUAUCAAGCGCCGACGCCGAAGGGUCAAAUAGGUGGCCACGAGGGCGUGGGUGAGAUCGUGGCGUUUGGCCCUGGCGCUGCUGAGACAUCCGGCCUGAAGCUUGGGAGCCGAGUUGGCAUCAAGUGGACGGCGAGCUGCUGUGGGAACUGCGUUAUAUGCUUGGAGGGUCUUGAUUCAUAUUGCGCAACUGGGAAGGUCUCAGGAUACCUGUACCCUGGAACAUUUCAAGAAUACGCUCUUGCACCAGCGCAUUAUGUGACGCCAAUUCCUGAUGUUGUGCCAAGUGAAAUGGCAGCUCCGUUGCUUUGUGCUGGCUUGACAGUUUAUGCUGCCCUGAAGAAGGCAGGCGCCGAGCCUGGUGAUUGGGUCGUUAUUCCCGGCUCCGGUGGUGGAUUGGGUCAUUUGGCGCUCCAAAUCGGCGGCCGGGGCAUGGGCUAUCGCAUGAUCGGGAUAGACAUGGGCGACAAGGAAGGUCUUUCUCGCGAAUGUGGAGCAGAAGAAUUCUUCGACAUCGCCAAAUACAGCAAGGACGCCAGCGUGAGUCUCGCCGAGGAUGUGAAGAAAGCAACCGGAGGCAGAGGCGCUGCGGCUGUCGUGGUUUGUACGGCCAGCAACGCUGCUUACGCACAAGCAUUGGACUUGAUAAAGAUCGGUGGGACAGUGGUUUGUGUGGGUAUUCCGGAGGGCAAAGAAGUCCCAAUUCCUAAUGCGACACCUUCGACGGCCAUCAAUCUGGCAGCUCGUAUUGUUGGAAGCUCUGUCGGGAACCGGCUCGAGGCUGUACAACUGAUGGAGAUGGCUGCAAGAGGGGUUGUGAAGACACGUGUGAAGCUGGAGAGAUUGGAAAAUGCCACAGAGGUUUUCAAGCUCAUGGAAAAGAAUGCGCUUCAAGGUCGGGUAGUCUUUGAUUUGCAAGGCUGA